GCCAGUCAGUCGACUACCUGCAUAGUAGGUUGUCCAUCCGAAAUUGCCUUCUUUUUGGUUCCCUGUGUUCCACCACACUUUUAGAUCUGCACAAACAUCAGAGCACAGUCGACCCCACACCAACCCGCGAUUCGCUCUACUAAGUAGGCAGUGUAGAACAUUGACUUGGCGCUUGGAACCUCCAGCUUGUUUGGCCGAGUUAGGAAAUCGGAAUCGGACCGUCGUCCGGUACCAGACAUCGAGAACGGACCGGUGAGGGUCACGAGAAAGAAAACCCCACUACGCUAUGAAUCGCCCAGAUGAAGGCCCCCCGCCUGGCGAAGCCGCCCCGGAGCUUCUGGACGGUCGGCUUUGGGUUGACGGCUGUUUCGACUUCUUCCACCAUGGUCAUGCGGGCGCCAUAGUCCAGGCCCGCCAGCUCGGCGACGAGCUCUACGUUGGCGUGCAUUCCGACGAAGCGAUCCUCGAGAACAAGGGUCCGUCGGUCAUGACCAUGGAAGAACGAGUCGCUGCGGUUGAUGCCUGCCGUUGGGUUACCAAAUCCGUUCCCAAUGCACCCUAUGUCACGCAGCUCGACUGGGUCAGCCAUUAUGGCUGCAAGUACGUCGUCCACGGCGACGACAUCACGUCGGACAGCAGCGGCGAGGACUGCUACCGCUUCGUCAAGGCCGCGAACCGCUUCAGGGUUGUGAAGCGCACCCCGAGCAUCUCCACCACCGAUCUGGUCGGCCGCAUGCUCCUCUGCACCAAGGUCCACUUCAUCAAGUCUCUGGAGAGGGCCUUGAAUGGGGAUGAAGGUCACGGCACUGAGGCCGAGAGGAGAGCCGAAAGCCAGGCGAUGAAGGAGCGGAUCCGGCUGUAUGCGACCGACGAGUCAGCAAAGAAGCCUGGUGUUGACGUCUGGUUCUGGUCCGCGGCAAUCGAGGCGAAGAUAGGUAACACCGCCGAAGAGCGUGGUACAUUCAAGGACCUGUUCCGUGGCUCGGGCCCGAAGCCUGGCCAGAGGGUUGUCUACGUUGACGGCGGAUUCGAUUUGUUCUCGAACGGCCACAUCGAAUUCCUCCGGCUGGUCACCCAAGCGGAGGAGGAACUUGCCAAGAAGGAUGGCUGGUACGACCAGCAGGCCGUCGACGAGCGAAAGGGAAAAGGCGCCGACUACGGGCCCGUUUUUGUCGUUGCAGGAGUCCACGAUGACAAGGUCAUCAACUACUGGAAGGGAGUGAACUAUCCCAUCAUGAACAUUUAUGAGCGAGGCCUCUGUGUUCUCCAAUGUCGGUAUGUCAAUGCGGUCGUGUUCGGGGCGCCUUUCAUGCCGACGAGAUCUUACCUCACCUCACUUCCCUGGGGAACCCCUGACGCCGUCUACCACGGGCCGACUUCGUUCAUGCCUCUUACCUAUGACCCUUACACUGCUCCCAAGGAGAUGGGGAUUUACCGGGAGAUUGGCGCCCAUGCGUUCGAGAGCCUUAAUGCUGGCACCAUAGUGCAGAGAAUCAUGAAGAGUAGGGAUCUUUAUGAGGCGCGUCAGCGAGCAAAGGGGGCCAAGGCCGAUGUUGAGGCGGCUCACAAGACUCGUGAGGCGAUGGAGGAGGAGCAGCAGCGCAAGGAAACCGGGGAGGCUCGACGGUAAGGCAUAGACGACUAAUGGGGAAAGCGGAGGAGCAUUUGCAUUCGACGGUGAUAAAACGGAAAGGGGAGGCCUUGCAUGAAAGGGGCUGACCAAGAUAACAUGACGGGCUUUCAACAGACCUAUGAAAAUUAAAAUUUAGUCAAUAAUAUUAACAGGCAAAUUUCCUCGUAG